AGAUUGAUAAUAAUGGAUAAAGGGUUUAUUGCUUUUUUUCAGCUAACAAGUACGAGGAUCAGAGCAUCAUGAAGAAGAGACAGAGUGUAUUAAAGGACAAAGAGAACAUGAGAGAUCUAGAACCCUGCAGAACCAAACACACUGAAGAACAAACAGACCUGAUGGAGGAGAAUGAGGAGAGUGACGAGCAGAAGCAUCAUCAUGGUACAACGAGAGAAAAAACUUGCUCACAGACCAAAAGAGUUUAUUUACGGAAAAGAAGAAAUAAGAAAGGUUUCACCUGCACUCAGUGUGGAAAGAGUUUGACAUACAAACACAACCUCAAUGUUCACAUGAAGAUCCACACUGGAGAGAAACCGUUCACAUGUGAUCAGUGCGGGAAGAGUUUCACACACAAAGUAACCCUUCAGCAACACAUGAUCCUCCACACUGGAGAGAAACUGUAUGAAUGUGAUCAGUGUGGAAAAACAUUUUCAUGGGCUUCAGGCCUGAAGCAGCACAUGAAAGUUCAUACAAAGGAGAAACCACAUUCAUGUUCUUUCUGUGGAAAGAGUUUUUCACAACUGAACAAUUUAAAAGUUCAUCAGAAGAGACACACUGGUGUGAAAGAUUACAUGUGCUUUGAGUGUGAGAAGACGUUUACUACGGUUGCACAACUGAAGCUGCACAAGAGGAUCCACACUGGAGAGAAACCUUACAUGUGUUCAUACUGUGAGAAGAGAUUCAAUCAGUCAGUACAUCUGAGAAGACAUGAGAUGAUCCACACCGGAGAGAAACCGUAUCACUGCACUGCAUGCGGGAAGAGUUUCCGUCAUUCAUCAACUUUUUGUUUGCAUAUGAAAAACAAACACAGUAAGUAGAUCAUAGA